CCUGCUUUAUAUACAUUUCCACGCCGCGUUUUUGUUCCCCUUCUCCUUUCUAGAAUCCUCAAAAAAUUUCCCCCCUUUCUUCCCAUUCUAUCCUUCCCUCCUCUUCAAAGCCAUGAAAACCCGCAUUUCUCUGCUCUAGAUCUGCCUCCAAUCAUCUAAAAAAGCUCCAUCUCGGCGAAUUAGGGUUUUGAGGUCGGAGCAAUGGCUAGGGUUUUCGACAACUGGGAGCGCCUUGUUCGCGCAACACUACAGAGGGAGCAGCUCCGGAACGCUGGGCAAGGACAAGGACGGUCCUCCAGCGGGCUCGCUAGCGCCGUCCCGCCCUCGCUCGGGAGGUCCACGAACAUCGACUUAAUCUUGCAGGCCGCUGAUGAGAUCCAAGAAGAGGAUCCGAAUGUCGCCAGGAUCUUGUGCGAGCAAGCGUAUACCAUGGCACAAAAUCUGGACCCGAACAGUGAUGGCAGAGGCGUACUUCAGUUCAAGACCGGUUUAAUGUCUGUAAUUAAGCAAAAACUUGCCAAGAAGGACGGGGCAAAAAUCGAUCGCAAUCGUGACCUUGAACGCUUGUGGGAGUUUUACCAGAAUUAUAAACGACGGCAUCGAGUCGAUGAUAUCCAGAAAGCGGAGGAGAGAUGGAGGGAAUCCGGAACCUUCAGCACGAAUUUGGGAGAGUUGGAACUGAGGUCUUUGGAAAUGAAAAAGGUUUAUGCCACCCUGAGGGCCCUAGUUGAGGUGAUGGAGGUACUUACUAGAGAUGCAGCUACUGAUGGGGUGGGAAGACAGAUUAAUGAAGAGUUAAGAAAGAUAAAGAAAGCUGAUGCGACACUGACAGGAGAACUUACUCCAUACAAUAUCGUUCCCUUAGAUGCACCAGCUUUAACCAACGCCAUUGGAUUCUUCCCUGAGGUUAAAGCUGCAAUAUCUGCAAUACGAUACACUAUAGACUUACCCAGGCUUCCUUCUGAUUUUGAGGUUUCUAAUCUGCGGAAGUCAGAUAUGUUUGAUCUCCUGCAAUUUGUGUUUGGUUUUCAGAAAGAUAAUAUCAGGAACCAGCGUGAAAAUGUGGUUCUUUCGAUAGCAAAUGCGCAGUCUCGCCUUGGCAUACCUGUUGAGGCUGAACCGAAGAUUGAUGAGAAAGCUAUCACUGAGGUUUUCCUGAAGGUAUUGGAUAAUUACAUCAAAUGGUGCAAAUACUUGCGCAUACGCCUUGCAUGGAACAGCACAGAAGCAAUCAACCGGGACAGGAAACUUAUUUUGGUUUCUUUAUACUUCCUCGUCUGGGGUGAAGCUGCUAAUGUUCGUUUUCUUCCUGAAUGCAUUUGCUACAUAUUCCACAAUAUGGCAAAGGACUUGGACGUGAUAUUAGACCAAUCUGAAGCUGUGCCACCUAAAAGCUGUAAGGGCGAAAGUGGUUCUAUUUCGUAUCUGCAGGAAAUUAUCUUUCCAAUUUACGAGACAAUGGAAAAAGAGGCUGCUAGAAAUAACAAUGGGAAAGCUGCCCACUCGGCAUGGAGGAAUUAUGAUGAUUUCAAUGAAUAUUUCUGGUCACCUACUUGCUUUGAGUUGGGUUGGCCAAUGCGAAAGGAUUCUUCAUUUCUAUUGAAGCCAAGGGGGUGGAAAAGAACAGGGAAGUGCUCUUUUGUUGAGCACCGGACAUUUCUUCAUUUAUAUCGGAGUUUCCACCGCCUAUGGAUCUUUUUGCUCUUAAUGUUCCAGGGCUUGACUAUCAUAGCUUUCAACCAUGGAACUAUUAAUAUGGAUACUUUUAAGGAAGUGCUUAGCGUUGGGCCAACUUUUGCUGUGAUGAGCUUUCUGGAGUGCUGCUUGGAUGUCCUGCUCACAUUUGGGGCUUAUUCAACAGCUAGAGGCAUGGCGAUCUCAAGGCUGUUUAUUAGAUUCUUUUGGUUUGGACUCAGUUCAGUAUUUGUAAUAUAUAUCUACAUGAAGGUUCUAGCGGAAAAGAAUAACCGGAACUCAGAUUCUUUCUAUUUUCGGAUUUAUAUUCUUGUAUUGGGAGUUUAUGCUGGCAUACGCAUAUUUCUUGCUUUGCUACUUAAAUUCCCAGCUUGUCACACCUUGUCAGAGAUGUCUGAUCAGUGGUCAAUCUUUCAAUUUUUUAAGUGGAUUUAUCAGGAGCGAUACUAUGUUGGACGCGGUCUUUAUGAAAGGAUGAAUGAUUACUUCAGGUAUGUUCUGUUCUGGUUGGUGAUCUUUGCCAGUAAAUUCUCAUUUACUUACUUCCUCCAGAUUGAACCGCUAGUGCAACCAACCAAUAUAAUCAGAAAGCUCCCAGAUUUACCGUACUCAUGGCAUGAUCUCGUCUCAAAGGGUAAUCAUAAUGCCUUGGCGCUUGCUAGUCUCUGGGCACCUGUCAUGGCUAUUUACAUCAUGGAUAUUCACAUAUGGUACACAGUCUUAUCUGCUUUUGUUGGUGGCCUGAUGGGUGCACGAGCCCGUCUUGGGGAGAUACGCUCAAUUGAAAUGGUUCAUAAGCGCUUUGAGAGCUUUCCAGAGGCUUUCGUAAAAAAUCUUGUGUCUUCCCGAGCUAGAAGGAUGCCUUCUGAGAGACCAUCAGGUCAGGGUUCUCAAGAGAUGAACAAGAUUUUUGCAGCCAGAUUCUCUCCUUUCUGGAAUGAGAUAAUCAAAAGUCUGCGGGAAGAGGAUUAUAUUAGUAACCGGGAGAAGGACUUGCUUUCAAUUCCAAGCAAUACUGGAAGCUUAAAAUUAGUCCAGUGGCCUUUGUUUCUUCUAAGCAGCAAGAUUUUAUUAGCAAUCGAUUUAGCUUUGGACUGCAAGGAUACACAAGCUGACCUUUGGAACAGAAUAUCAAGGGAUGAGUACAUGGCAUAUGCUGUUCAGGAGUGCUUUUACAGUAUUGAAAAGAUCUUGCAUUCUUUAGUUGAUGGUGAAGGGAGACUUUGGGUUGAAAGGCUCUUCCGUGAGGUCAAUGAGAGUGUUAUGGAAGGGUCGAUUCUUGUGACCUUAACGCUGAAGAAGCUCCCGCUGGUACUAUCAAGAUUCACAGCAUUGUCUGGACUCCUAGUACGGAAUGAGACUUCUGAACUUGCAAGGGGUGUUGCAAAAGCUGUGUUUGAUCUGUAUGAAGUUGUAACUCACGACUUCUUGUCACCAAAUUUGAGGGAGCAGUUUGAUACAUGGAAUAUACUAGCAAGAGCCAGAAAUGAAGGGCGCCUCUUUUCUAGGAUUGAAUGGCCUAAAGAACCAGAAAUUAAGGAGCAGGUGAAGCGAUUGCACCUACUCCUCACGGUAAAGGAUUCUGCAGCCAAUAUUCCAAAGAAUCUUGAAGCAAGACGAAGACUAGAAUUUUUCACAAAUUCCUUAUUCAUGGACAUGCCUUUAGCAAAACCUGUUUGUGAGAUGAUUCCAUUCAGUGUCUUCACCCCAUACUAUAGUGAGACUGUACUUUAUAGUUCCUCUGAACUGCGGGUCGAAAAUGAGGAUGGAAUCUCUAUACUUUUUUAUCUUCAGAAGAUCUUUCCUGAUGAAUGGGAGAACUUUUUGGAACGAAUUGGACGCAGUGAAUCUACUGGAGAUGCUGAUCUCCAGGAGAGCUCUAGAGAUUCCUUGGAGUUACGGUUUUGGGCAUCUUAUCGUGGCCAGACUUUGGCCAGAACUGUGCGUGGUAUGAUGUACUAUAGAAGAGCCCUAAUGCUUCAAAGCUAUUUGGAAAAGAGAGCAUUUGGAGAAAUUGAGGAUGGCUACUCAGAAGGAGAUUACUUUAGCACACAAGGAUUUGAAUUGUCUCGUGAAGCUCGCGCACAAGCAGAUCUAAAAUUUACAUAUGUUGUGUCAUGCCAAAUUUAUGGGCAACAGAAGCAGAAGAAAGCUCCAGAGGCAGCUGAUAUUGCUCUUUUGCUGCAGAGAAAUGAGGCUCUUCGAGUUGCUUUCAUACAUGUGGAGGAGAAUGUUACAAAUGAAGGAAAGGUUUUGAAGGAAUUUUAUUCAAAGCUUGUUAAAGCCGAUGUGCAUGGAAAGGAUCAGGAAAUAUAUUCCAUCAAACUACCUGGAGACCCAAAGCUUGGAGAAGGAAAGCCCGAAAAUCAAAAUCAUGCUAUAAUCUUCACACGUGGUGAAGCCGUUCAAACUAUCGACAUGAAUCAGGAUAAUUACCUUGAAGAGGCAAUGAAGAUGAGGAAUCUUCUCGAGGAAUUCCGAGGCAAUCAUGGUCUUCGACCUCCAACUAUUCUUGGCGUGAGAGAGCACGUCUUUACUGGAAGUGUCUCAUCGCUAGCCUGGUUCAUGUCCAAUCAAGAAACUAGCUUCGUAACCUUGGGCCAACGCAUUUUGGCAUAUCCGCUCAAAGUUCGCAUGCACUAUGGGCAUCCUGAUGUGUUUGAUAGGAUAUUUCAUAUAUCCCGAGGUGGCAUAAGCAAGGCAUCCCGUGUUAUCAAUAUUAGUGAAGAUAUAUUUGCAGGUUUCAAUUCCACAUUGCGGCAGGGUAACAUUACACACCAUGAAUACAUACAGGUUGGAAAAGGGAGAGAUGUUGGGUUGAAUCAAAUUGCACUAUUUGAGGGUAAAGUGGCUGGCGGUAAUGGAGAGCAAGUCUUAAGUAGAGAUGUAUACCGGCUUGGGCAACUUUUAGACUUCUUUAGGAUGUUAUCUUUCUAUUUCACGACUGUUGGCUAUUAUUUGUGCACAAUGAUGACUGUUCUUACUGUGUACAUCUUCUUAUAUGGGCGAGUUUAUCUGGCCCUUUCUGGACUUGACAGUGGCAUUUCAAGCGAUGCAAGGCUUUUGGGAAACACUGCACUUGAUGCAGUUUUAAAUGCUCAAUUCUUGGUUCAGAUUGGUGUUUUUACUGCAGUACCGAUGAUAAUGGGUUUCAUUUUGGAACAGGGAUUGUUGAAGGCUGUCUUUAGUUUCAUCACCAUGCAACUCCAGUUGUGCUCAGUCUUCUUCACAUUCUCUCUGGGAACUAAAACUCACUAUUUUGGUCGGACGAUUCUUCAUGGUGGUGCAAAAUACAAAGCAACUGGUAGAGGCUUUGUUGUUCGCCACAUCAAGUUUGCUGAAAACUACAGGCUUUACUCACGAAGCCAUUUUGUCAAGGCGCUUGAAGUAGCACUGCUUCUCAUAGUAUAUAUAGCAUAUGGUUACACAAAGGGAGGUGCAACAUCUUUUAUCCUUGUGACUAUCAGUAGUUGGUUCCUCGUUAUAUCAUGGCUCUUUGCUCCUUAUAUCUUCAAUCCAUCAGGAUUUGAGUGGCAGAAGACUGUAGAGGAUUUCGAUGAUUGGACUAGUUGGCUUCUUUAUAAAGGUGGAGUUGGGGUGAAGGGGGAAUACAGCUGGGAAUCUUGGUGGGACGAAGAGCAGAUGCAUAUCCAAACAUUUAGAGGUCGUAUUUUGGAAACAAUCCUAAGCUUGAGAUUUCUCAUGUUCCAGUACGGCAUUGUCUACAAAUUCCAUCUCACUGGAAAAAGUACAUCACUGGCGAUCUAUGGCUUUUCAUGGGUUGUGCUGGUUGUCUUUGUCGUGUUAUUCAAGAUCUUCACCUUUAGUCCAAAGAAAUCGACCAACUUCCAGCUGAUGAUGAGGUUCAUACAGGGUGUCACAGCCCUUGGACUACUUGCAGCCAUUAUCCUCGUCGUUGCCUUUACUAAUCUUUCAGUCCCAGACUUGUUUGCAAGUCUCCUGGCAUUUAUUCCAACUGGCUGGCUCAUUUUAUCCUUGGCCAUCGCAUGGAAUCGACUUGUGAAAAGCUUAGGCCUAUGGGAUUCGGUGCGGGAGUUUGCACGGUUGUAUGAUGCAGGAAUGGGCAUGAUUAUAUUUGCACCGAUUGCAGUGUUGUCUUGGUUUCCAUUCAUCUCCACAUUCCAGUCUCGACUUCUCUUUAACCAAGCAUUCAGCCGGGGAUUGGAGAUCUCCAUCAUCCUUGCUGGGAACAAGGCAAACGUUCAAACCUGAUCUCUCAUUGGCAAUCACAGUUCAGUACAACAGUUGGAAAGACAUUGGCAAACUUGUAAAGUUGAGUUCAGUUCUGUUUUCCUUCGUUCUUUCUUUUUUCCAUUUAUCCCCUACUAAUUUUAUCACUGAAACGAGUGACAUGUGUAACUGCCGAUUGUCAGCACAUGCCUGUAGAUAUGGUUUGGUGAUGGACAUGAGCGGCAGAGCAUUUUUCUUUUAUUUAUUAUCAUACAUGCCUUUCUCUUAGGGUUUAGGCAAAUGAAUAGAUUACUGUUUUCUAAGGUAUAUCAAAUUUUGCCUGCAUUAUCCUCCGGUAGUAUGGUUGGACAUGGUA